CACACAAAUACCAAUGAUGUCAGGAAGGAAAACGAACAGCUUACUUCCCUAAAACUACGAGGACUUCUUCAGACAAAAAAGGGGGGUGGGGGCUGGUCAGCUUCAAGAAGUGGGUGUUUUCUUUUGCUUGGGCAAGGAUCUGUUACACAUAUCACACCCGUAUUGAGUUAUUUAAGAUAUCGACUACGUUUUCUCACGUUGAUCAGGAUGACAACCUAUGUUUGCUUGUAACAGGUCAAAUAGGUUUUGAAGUCCGGCUGGUUUAAAGUGAUUAAUAUUCCUGGCUGGAGGAAGGAAGGAAGGAAGGAGAGAGAGAGAGAGAGAGAGAGAGAGAGAGAGAGAGAGAGAGAGAGAGAGAGAGAGAGAGAGACUUUGGAUAAAGGAAGUAUGUUGGAGAUUUUCUUCAAAGCAGUUGGACUACUGAACAAGUAGUAGGCUCACAACAAAACCGAGCAUAAUUUAUUUUGAAACUUACAAGGAGAACCAUGCAAUUUAAAGUUAUUUCGGUACCGUCCUGGUUAUUUUAUUUAUUUAUUCAUUUUUAAGAAUUAUACGCAUCAGGAUACUGUCAACUUCUAUGGAUAUUUUUUUUUUAAUCUCAGUAAUUUAUGAAGGAUAUGAUGUUGAAAAAAAGUACGAGUACUAGGAGUUGUUUCCUGCAGUUGUAAGAAGACACAAGGGGAGUCAACGGGGAAGUGAUGUGGCUGUUCUAACAUUUGCAACUAUUUUAAUUUAAAGAUUCAUAAACGUGGUUUCAUAAUUAUAAUUUACAUUGGGUACAUACAUAUACAUUUUUUUUUUAAUUUAUCUUUUGGUUUGUUUUGUUUUAGGGUUUUUAUUUGUUUUUUUUUUCCUUCAGUGCCACGUUUGAAAUUGCGUACUUUGCUAUCCAUUUGGCAACUUACGGCAGCGCGUCAGCAUUUCAACUCAGUGAACUAAAUUAACAGGAGAAAGAACCAUCAGAUUUCUUACAGUACAAGCUGCAACGACACUUUAUAAUUAUAAUUUGGAAGGUACGUUUGUUCCACAUAUCACUUGAAGGAGUAAGCCGCUCCACCUCCAGCAUGCUGGACUGAAGUAGGAUAUGGCAUCUGCAGUGUUUGAAGGCACUUCUCUGGUGAACAUGUUCGUCAAGGAUUGCUGGGUCAAUGGGAUCCGGAGGCUUAUCAUUAGCAAAAGAGGAGAAGAGGAGGAAUUCUUUGAGAUCAGGACAGAGUGGUCUGACAGAAACAUUUUAUACUUACACAGGAGUUAUUCGGACCUGGGGAGGCUUUUUAAGAGGUUACUGGAAUCCUUCCCUGAAGAUCGAAAUAAUCUUUCUCAGUCACCCCUAUUAGAAGGUCUUGUCAAGAUCAAGGAGGCUCAUGACAUUGAAGCAAGAUUAAACGAAGUUGAGAGAUUACUGAAAACUACAAUAAACAUGCCUUGGAAGUAUGCCAGGUCUGAAGUGGUACUUACUUUUUUUGAACGGUCACCAUUAGACCAAGUAUUGAAAAACGACAAUGUUCACAAGAUUCAGCCAUGCUUUCAAAGCCCAGUAAAAAUAUCAGAAAUCAUGAGGUCAAAUGGAUUUUGUUUAGCCAACACAGAGACAAUAGUCUUUGACCAUAAGAUACCCAACGGAAAAGAGCGACGCUUAUCAACGGAUUCCACAGAACACCUUCCACAGGGGUCGCUGGUGCGCGGUGAGCCGAGGACACCCCGGCCGACCUAGGCCCCCCCAACCCGGGCGACGCUCGGCCAAUUGUGCGCCGCCCCUUGGGAGCUCUCGUCCAUGGUCGGCAGUGGAAUAUCCUGGUCUCGAACUGGCGAUCUCCAGGCUAUAGGGCGCAUCCUGCGCUCCACGCGGAGUACCUUUACCGUAUGCUCCACACGGGAGCCCCUUACCCUCUCAUUUUAACUCUGAGAGAGUAAAAUGUCUUUUCAGGGGGUAAAAUGCAACAUUGCCUUGAAGCCUUGAGUAAUCUCGAUAAAUAUUGUACAAUCUUUAAGGAUAAUGGGAUAGGCAUUAAAAAAGAGCCUUCCAUUUUAACUGCAAUGUUACUUUGAACUACUGUACAACCACACGCGUGGUUCUACAAGGUUCUUUGUCGGCUCAAUUUUUCGAGGUAUCACACUAACUCUGCAAAUUAAUUACGUUACUUAUAUUUUAACAUUCAAUUCUUAAACUCAGUAAACAUGUUACAACUUCAAUAUAAAGCCAUACAGGUAAAUAAAAUAAGGAAAUGCAUUAAUAAGUUAUUAAAGUUUGUUUAAUAUUAUAGGCACUUCUAUAAUUUUAUUUAGCAGUUGGAUUUGUAGCUGGACUGGGGUGUUUAUCCUUUAACCUGUGUAGCUUCGAAUUUUUGGGUCCUAUGAGGCAACAUGCGAUUAUGUCUGCUGACAAAUCUGUGUGUCAGCCUGUAAGACUGCUUCUGAUAACUGUAGGCUGCUAAAGUUUACAUCAUUUUUCAAAAAAUAAAAUAGGAUUAUGUUACUCUUUUAUUACCCUGACCCUUUCCCUGACUAUCACCCUAAUCUCUACCCGCUAACCCAUAUCCAUAACCCUAACAUUUACUCCAGUGGUGGCCAAUACACCAAAUACUGCGAUCCAUUUUGGUGGAUCUCAACAGGAUCCGCGAUCCACCAGUAAGCUAUGAUCAAUAAUUAUUAGCAGGAUUUAAUAUACUGUAUAUGAGUUUGUUAUUUUCCUCAUAUUAGUCUGACAAACUGUCUGGAAACUAGUAGCCAUCGCAUGAAAUCAGUGAAAUUGGCAGGGUAUGGGAUUUGUAGUUUUUAAUGUGUGAUUAACAGUGGGCAGUGGACACCAAUAAACUACAUUCCUAGAGUACAUUACGAUUGAGCUAUGAGUUUAGAUCCGACUGUGAGGUUUUUUUUUUCUUUUGUUUUAUACUUUUCAGCUGAAAAAAUAAAUCAUGUUUAUUGUUUAUAGUCAACUUUUAGGAAUUUCUAGUCGCAUAUGUGCGCCCAAAUUAAAAUGUAUGUUCGCACAAACAUUUUGUUAGUGUCAUACGCAGAAACCGUUAGGAUAUUUUCAUUUGUGCUACUGGACGACACAGAAGGCUCUGGCCAUCAGCCGAAACAAAAUCUGUUGUAUGCUUAUAUGCUUGUUCUGAUUUAUGCUUAGUGCUUGUUCUGAUUUGUCCUGAGAUCCACCGAAAAUCGCAAUCCAUGUAUUUGCCACCGCUGAUCUACCCCAAUAAAAUAAUACAUUCCAGGCCCCAACGUUGACAGUUAAGUCUGUUAUUCCUGUCAUGUUUCACUGCCAAUAAACCAGGAUCCUACCAUGGAAAAGUAAGCACCUGUUAUUUUCUAAUUAUGUGUGGACUGGGGGUUUCUGUAAAUGUUUAAGAUGGCAAGGGUAAAAUCAAACAAAAUCUUUUUAAAUUAGUCCUUUCUGCAGUUUCUAGCCCUUUAUGAGUGUACAAGUUUCACAUAAGCAGUCUCAUUCUUGAGGCAACAAUUUCACAGAAAGGCAUUUGUCAGGAAAUUCUAAGACACCACUCCUAUGACACACAUCCUCCUUCCUCACUGGCUUUCCUCCAGGCCUGGCUGUCUUUACUGGGUUCUUUAUUGCUUGAUGGUACAUGUUGUGCUUUGCCAUGCACUUUCACAAACCAGCACUAAUUACAUCUCUCAACAUUUGCUGCAGCGGUGUGCAGAAAAUUCUGGCUUGCUAUAACAUUGAUAUAAUAGCGCAAUUAUAAAAUAUGACCACAAGGUUAGGUGGUGAGAGACACUUAGUUAAAUACCUAAUUAACUAAAAUAAUGAAGCCUGAGAUUCAAUUUGAAUUAUCAGGCCAAACAGAUACAGUAAUAAAGACUGUGUGUUUUAACAGAACAUUAUGUAUUAUCUUUCUGAUAGUUGUUGUUAUUUGCACCUUUUUAAAAACCCUAUACAGGUACUAGUGUUAUAAUUGUAUUGUAAGUUAACAAGUUAAAGUCCAAAUUAUUUGACCAAGAAAGGGCAUCGCCAUAGCAAUGCCCUUAUCACUAUUAUACUACAACUUUUUUAAGUCAUUUAUUUAUUUACUUUGUUUGUCUGAAAUAAUCAUUGUAGUCCACUGAAAGACUUUAUUUUCUGAGAGCAAGGCUUGAGUGUCCAUUGCAGUUGGUGCCCUGCUGUUGUAUAAUAACUGAUAAUAAACCACAAUUAAAUACAUACAGGUGGAAAGGGUCAUUUUACAAUAUCUGUUUUGCUUAACAGUGUACAAAAAUCAAAGAAAUAAUGUGGCAGUAAAAAAAGUUUCCUGUGGCAAGUAGAAUAAGAUGAACUGUUAAACAGAUAGAUAUACCAAAAGCUAACUUAAUACAGGGUGGUCCAAUAGACUGAGCCCUACAAUAUGGCUCUUCUGAUUUAUAUGUUAAGUACCCCACUUUAGGCUGUUAAAAAUGGUAUUUAGCAAACAAAUACUGAAUCAGUGUCUGAGUUCAACUCCUUAUUUUUAUAUUUCUUUGCUACCAUCUAGCUAGCGUUUUAGUAAUCUGACCCUAUUGCAGUAUGAAGAGUUUCCAUUUUUUUCAUGUUUUUGAUUCAAGAGCCCAUCUGUCCUCAACAUGGCUGUUUUAGCCAAAAAGGUUGAACAGCUCUGACUAAAUAGAAAAACAGAGAGAGACAGACACGUGGGAUGUAAGAUGCUAGGAGUCUAAAAUCAGGAAGCAGAUGUGUAGGAUAUGUGUUUUGAUUUGUGUGUCAGCCAUUGUUGCUGAUAUCGGUAGUGUCAUCUUAAUUAAAAACCCAUUCAAAUCAUAAAUAAUCCAAUGUAUUUUAAAGGAAAGGUAGUGUUCGUGAUAAUAUUUUAGUGAUGUAUUUUUGCAUAUCUCUCAAUUGCUGU